UCAAUGAUAAACUAAAAUGAGCAUAAAAUACUAAAUUACUUUUCUUUAGCACUUUACAUUCACAAAGUGCUUUCCUCCCAAUAAUACUGUAAUCCCUACUUUAUGGACGUGGAAGGUAAGUGAUGGUCUCUCAUCAUACAGUUAGCAAGUAUCUCAAGUGGGAUUUGAACCCAGGUCUCCUUCUCUGGAUCUAUCAUUCUUUCUGCCACAUCACAUUGACUCUCUCUUAAAAAGAUACAUGAUGGUUUUCUGGCUACCCAUUUCAGGCCCAGAUGUGCUCAGUUUUUCUUAGAAAAGGCUGCGUGGACAGUGCCUUCCUUCCUGAAUACCUCCAUCUCCCACUUUACAGCCUCCCCUUUUCAUGAAAACAUUCCACUGUCUCACAGAGGGCUCUGGGCAGAUCAUGCAGCAAAAGAAGUUGUAUUUCCCUCUGUUGGCAGAGAGCUUAGUGAUCCUUGAACUCUAGCCUUAUGGAGAUAAGGUGAAUUUCCACUUCUCCGAGAGGAGGAGCUCCCUCCCUCCUUUGCUUUAUGACUGCCUCAGCAUCGGGGCAAAUCCUCCAGCCUCUUAAAAGCCCAGGCUUUGGGAGGAGGCCAGUAGAGCCACGAAGACAUCUUAGGAGGUAGCUCCACCACAGGAAGAAGUAUCGAACUUCAUUAUACAGAAGCAAGAAGACUACUCAGUUUCAGCUUUCUGAGACCAGGGGACCCAGAGAAAAGGAUGAGGAAACUGAGCCUCAAAGAAAUGAAAUGCCUUCCCCAGGACCACACAGCUACUAUCCCCAUGUGUGAGUCCAAGUCCGAGAGCAGGAAGAUGAUGGAACAGAACCUGUGUCACAGGUAUGAACAAUACUUCCAGCCCUGCAUCGUGGAGCUGCUAGGCUCUGCUCUCUUCAUCUUCAUUGGCUGCUUGUCGGUCAUCGAGAACGUUGAAGGGGUUGGUCGUCUGCAGCCUGCACUAGCCCAUGGGCUGGCCCUUGGCCUCACCAUUGCCAUUUUGGGGAAUAUCAGUGGUGGUCAUUUUAAUCCAGCUGUCUCCUUGGCUGCCGUAUUGAUUGGAGGUUUGAAUUACAUGAUGCUCAUCCCAUAUUGCAUCUCCCAGCUGUGUGGUGGGAUCAUAGGAGCUGCUUUAGCCAAGGCAGUGAGCCCAGAAGAGAGAUUCUUAAAUGCUUCUGGUGCAGCCUUUACAACCAUUACAGGGGAUGAUCAGGUGGGUGGUGCUGUGGUAGCUGAGACCAUCAUGACAUUGUUCUUGAUUUUGACUGUCUGCAUGGGAGCCAUCAAUGAGAAGACUAAGAGCCCACUGGCUCCAUUAUGCAUUGGUUUCACUGUGACUGUGGAUAUCCUGGCAGGAGGGGCUAUAUCUGGAGCCUGCAUGAAUCCUGCCCGAGCUUUUGGACCUGCAGUGAUGUCCAACUACUGGAAAUACCAAUGGGUCUACUGGCUGGGGCCUCUGGCAGCUAGCUUGAUUGCAGGAACCCUGAUCAGGAUUCUCAUUGGGGAUCAGAAAAUCCGCCUGUUUCUAAAACACCAGUGAAGCAAUGGUCUGCUGAAUGGACACAGGACCACAGUUUUGCCCCUGGAUUCUUCUCAUCUUGGCUUGGCUUAGCCUGGACCAAUGAAGGGAAGGGCCUCUCCUGAAUGGGAGGGCUCUGCUCUGUCAGGGAGCCUGCCCUGCGUCUCUCCCUAUGAUCAUCUAAGACUUCAUUCCAGCCCUGGCUGGCCAGAUGGACAGUGCCUUUUGGGCCUAGGACAGAGAGGCACACAGACUUAGGAGGCAGCCUUGGGAUGCUCCCUACAUACUGUGCCCUGUUUUUCUACCUUAGCACUUCAUUUUCCUUCUUGUUAAAGAGAUGCUGAAUCACACCUUCAUCUCUGGCUGCUGGCUAGCAAACUGUUGUUGGGAAAGUUCUAGAAAAAGCCCAAGUAGUGUUAUUAUCAUCUUAUGUGGCCUGGGAAGAGACAGCAGGGGAGAUGGAAUUGCUUUUUCCUAAAAAAUGAAAUUACUAGGGGGUAGGGGGAGGAAGUGUUAUGGCAACCAGAAGAGGGAAAGGUUUCCUUCACACUUUGUAUAGAGGGGAGGAUGGGGAGGGAGGCUAGAAAGACAGUUAUUUGAUUUCUAAGGGAUCCUUUUUAGGAACUGCAAAGUCUUCUCCUCUUGGUUCUCCCAUCUGAUAUGGACAAUGAAGUACUUUUCAAAGCUUCUUCUCUCCAUUGAUAGGGGAAACUUCAAUAAACAGUAUUUCUCCACCCUACCCACUCUUUACCCA